CUCCAGCCACAGAGGCUACGGCGAGCCGCUCGCCGCUCCCCGCCGCGCCGCGAAACCGCGCGCGUAAGCGUAACGCGUGGCAACUGCGGCGACGACGGCGACGACGACGACGUCUAAAGUGCGUCGCGAGAAUGGGCCGCGCACAGGCCCGCGCGUUAGUCGUCCGCACUUAGUCCCACGAGCAGCAAAGCGGAGUGGACGCCGCCGGGUGCGAGUGUUGAUCGCGACAGCGCCGGGUUCUACGAGCCUACGCCGAGCCUACGCCGAGCGGACGGCAGGAUGGACGACGAGCCGCCGACGGCCACGUAUCUGGGCCUAGACCUCAGCACGCAGCAGUUGAAAGCGGUGGUGGUUGACGAUAAUCUAGCUGUCCUUCACGAAACCAGCGUACAAUUCGACAAUGAUCUACCGGAAUUUAGGACGUACGGAGGGGUCAUACGAAAGAAGGACGAGUCACACGUCGUGGUGGUGCCUUCUUUGAUGUGGGUUAAGGCCUUAGAUAUGAUACUAGACAAAUUGCGCGUUUGCGGGGUCGAUUUUAGCAGAGUAACAGCUAUUUCUGGUUGCGCGCAGCAGCACGGCACGGUUUAUUGGGGCAAGGGCAGCCGCGAUCGGCUACGGCGUUUGGACCCGAUAAAAUUCCUGCACGAACAAUUCGCCACGUCGUUUUCCGUGACUCACUCGCCCGUAUGGAUGGAUUCCAGUACGUCGAAAGAGUGUAGCGUUCUGGAGGAGAUCGUGGGUGGGCCUCAAAAAUUAGCGGAAAUAACGGGUUCACGGGCGUACGAGAGAUUCUCAGGACCGCAGAUUGCGAAAAUAGCACGCACGAAGCCGGAAGCCUACUGCAGCACUGAGAGGAUCUCCUUGGUCAGCAAUUUUAUCGCCUCCUUGUUUCUGGGCGAUUACGCGCCCAUCGACUGGUCGGAUGGCUCGGGCAUGAAUCUGCUAAAUAUCCGUACGAAAGACUGGGAUGAUAUGUUAUUGGAGACUUGCGCAACGGGGCUGAGAGAGAAACUGGGUAAGCCCGUUUCAUCGUACAGCGAUAUCGGCCCUAUAUCGCCUUACUUCGUGGAAAGAUUCGGUUUCAAUGAGGAAUGUAGGAUAAUCGCGUUCACCGGGGACAAUCCUGGCUCCUUACUAGGUAUGAGGCUAAAAGAAGGUGAUAUCGCUUGCAGUUUGGGUACGAGCGAUACCUUAUUCCUAUGGUUGAACGAACCCAAGACCAUAACAGACGGUCACGUACUGUGUAAUCCAGUAGACGAUCAGGCUUACAUGGCGUUACUCUGCUUUAAAAACGGUUCUUUGACUCGCGAAAGGAUACGGAACGAUGCCGCGCAAGGUAGCUGGCAGAUAUUCAACGAAUUGUUAGAAAGUACUCCGCGAGGAAAUUUCGGCAAUUUCGCAUUGUAUUUCGAUACGCAAGAGAUUCUACCUUUCGUCAUUGGAGAUUAUAGAUAUAACAAGGCCAAUGACGAGAUCUCUCGAUACAGUUCGAAGGAAGUGGAAGUUAGAGCGCUAAUCGAGGGUCAAUUUGUCGCAAAGAGAGCAUACGCUGAAGACUUUGGAUUUGUCAUCGGACCUAAUACUCGGAUAAUUGCAACGGGAGGUGCUUCUAUAAAUAAAACUAUACUGCAAGUGCUUUCCGACGUGUUUAAUUCGCCAGUAUAUAUCAUGGAAGCAGCCAAUUCGGCUAUGAUGGGUGCAGCGUAUCAAGCAAAACACGGUUUGCUACGAAACAAUUGCAACUUCGACGAAAUUACACGCUGUCUGCCAGAAUUGACGCUGGUGUGCCAGCCUUACGAUGAUGCCGAAUCGAUUUAUAGACCCAUGACCGUGCGUUAUCGCAAAAUCAUAGAUCAGAUAUUGAAGAAGAGGAGCGAACAAAAGCAUGUGUAAAUCUUGUAUAUAUAAAAAAAUAUUCUAAAAAGGACCUCUCUUAUGCGCGAUAUUCUCAGAGUAAUAUAAAGUGAUAGAUUUGGGCUAUUUGAGAGAAUUUUACUAAACAUAUUAUUAAAUUAUUUAGAAUACUGAAAUUUAUACAUCUACUUUCUAUUGUAUCUUGAAAGAAAAGCAUUUUAUAUACGAGUGAGAAUCUCUCGUACAAUACAUGUACGAAUAUGUAAAAAAAUUCUCUUAGCCUGAGCUUCAAUUGAUAUUGUAAAUAACAUAUGAUGCUUUUUUAUUUUUUUAAAAAGCUUUAAAAAUAAAAUGAUUAUUCUAAUAUAUAAAACAAUUAUACAGAAAAAGAUAUAUCCAUCAAACAUUUUGAAAUAAUUCACAAAUAAUUGAUAAAUUGUAGCAAUCACUACACCUAAAAAUUAAUGAUAUAUUCAUGUCAACCAAAUUUGACGUAAAUCUUUUUCUGCCUAUGAAUAAGAUUCGUCGAAGUUUAGUCUUGUGUUUAUGUAUUACAUGAACACAAGACUAAGCGCAAUUUUUUUUACGAUGCAAAAGAAUGAGCGUGAUUUCUUUUGCAAUGUAAAAGAAAUCAAGCUUAAAUUAUAAUAAAAAGAAUCUUAUUUGAUGUAAUAUUUAUUAAUAUUAUAAUUGUUAUAUGUAUUAUAUGAUCUUAAGAAUAAACACAAUAUAUAUUUUGAUCAUAUGAUACUUCAAAAUGGUUACAGCAAUAAAAUUGUUAGGGUUAUAUCAAUAAAUGAUAUAACACAUCACUA